CUAGAAUCCUUGGCGCCACCCUGAUCAUGAACUCAGUCGUGACACUCAAGACAGCCAGCUGUCCCAACCUCAACGAGCUCAGCAAGACAUGACGCAGCGGCACCUUUUGUUCUGCUCAACGCAUACUGUGAGCAGCCAGAAGUAGGCACAGACCAAACAUGGAGACAAGGGACAUCGAUGCUCGCCCGAGUGCGACGCUCAAUUAUACAGACGAAGUCGACUUUGCCAGCUUGAGCGAUGCUUCGCCGACCAAAGCUCGCUUGUCAAGCACAAGCGCGCGCUCUUCUAGUUGGCAUUCGACCAAGCCAACUGCCACAGGACCGUCAAACAGGCUCAGGAGCUACUUGCGCUCGACAUGGCGCGAAGUCGUGCGAGAUCGGAAAGUUUAUCUGAUGGCAAGCUGUGCUUCCUUCGGAGGCAUGCUCUUCGGCUGGGACACUGGCCUCAUUGGCGGCGUACUGUCCAUGGCUUCCUUUCAGCGCUCUUUCAAUCUGAACGCGAAAGACUCCAAAGCUUUUGCUCGCACGACUGGCGACAUCGUCUCGAGCUUACAGGCAGGCUGCUUCUUUGGUGCCCUCAUGAUCACGCCACUCUGCUCUACACGCUAUGGCAGAAAAAAGGCCAUCAUCCUUGCUGCGCUCGUCUUCUUGCUGGGCAGCGUUCUUCAGACGCUUGCCGGCAUAAGAGGCUCAAGCUCUCUAGCACCACUGUACGCAGGGCGUGCCAUUGGCGGCUGGGGCGUCGGUGCCAUCAGUGCCGUCGUACCUGCGUACAUAUCCGAGAGUUCGCCAAGAUCGAUUCGAGGGAGGACGACUGGCAUGAUGCAGCUUUUUAAUGUCACGGGCAUAGCGAUAGCCUUCUGGAUCAACUAUGGCAACAAUCUGCACUUUGACAAAUAUAACCCCUCGAUGUGGCGGCUGUCUUUUGGCCUCCAAAUUAUACCUGGCAUGAUACUGCUCAUCGGCAUGCUGUUCCAGCACGAAUCGCCAAGGUGGCUGUGCGAACGAGGCCGAACAGCUGAGGCUCGACAUGUACUAGCAUCGCUCAAUCGGCGCUCGCAAGACGACCCUUACGUCUCACAGCAGCUCGAUGACAUCCUCGAUAGCUUCAAAGGUCGCACACGACUAUCGCUGUUGGGUCAACUGCGCGCAAUGGGCGAAUCACGCACCAUCCUCUACCGAAGCCUCGCUGGCGUCUUUUUCAUGUGGGCUCAGCAAUGGACCGGAACGAAUGCACUCAACUACUAUUCACCUCGUGUCUUCCAAUCACUCGGCAUCGUCGGCACAACAAACUCACUCUUUGCGACAGGCCUCUACGGCAUCGUCAAAGUCAUCUUCACCCUCUUGGUGCUCCUCAUUGCGAUAGAGCAAGCUGGUCGCAAGCCCUGUCUCAUCUUUGGCGGACUCGGUCAAGCGGCUUGCAUGUUCUAUAUAGGCAUCUACAUCCGAUUGUCACACAGCUCCGAAUCAUCAGAUGCCACUCCUCCCACUCACCUCACAGCAGGCGCCUACGUCGCCGUUGUCGCCAUCUUCCUCUACGUCGUCUUCUACUCUAUGGGUUACGGACCGAUUCCCUGGGUUCUUUCAGCCGAAAUUGCUCCCAAUCACACCAGACAGUGCGCACUCAGUCUGGCCGUCAUGACACAAUGGGCGAUGAAUUAUACCAUUGCCAAGAUCACACCCAUCAUGCUCGAUACGAUCAACUAUGGCGCGUUCCUACUCUUCGCCGGCUGUUGCGUCUUCAUCACGCUCAUCGUUAUCUUCUUCCUGCCCGAGACUCGCGGUCUAAGGCUCGAAGCUAUGGCCUCUGCUUUCGAAGGCAACCUCGUCAGACGCUCUCUUCAAGACACGCCGAUCAUACGUCGUUGCAUCAGUCGCAAAGCAUGAAUUUCAAGUUGAACGUGUUGUUGUCUACCACUGCUCGCUGCCUGCAUAUCGCUUUGCGCUUGCAUAGAGUGAAGCUGACGUACCAUGCGAAAGA